GGCAACGCCGAUCGCUGGACGUGACGUCACCGAGCCGAUCGAGUUCUUUUCUGUCCCACGUUUCGGGCUUCAAGUUUACUGAUUUGAAGAGGCAGUAGAAAUUCAGCCAAAAUGAAGAUCGGUCUGUGCGCGUUCAGCGGUUUCAAAAUCUACCCCGCCAGUGGUAAAACAUUGGUCAAAGCCGAUGGCAAGACCUUCACCUUCAUCAACAAGAAAUGCGAGCGUUCCUUCCUGAUGAAGCGCAACCCGCGCAAGGUGAAAUGGACCGUGCUGUACCGCAGGAAGCACAAGAAGGGCAUGGUUGAGGAAGCCGCCAAGAAGCGCACCCGCCGUACCAUGAAGUUCCAGCGCGCCAUCGUCGGUGCCUCCCUCACCGAUAUCAUGGCCAAGCGUAACAUGAAGCCAGAGGUCCGCAAGGCCCAGCGUGAUCAGGCCAUCAAGGUCGCCAAGGAAGCCAAGAAGGCCAAGCAGGCUGAGAAGAAGGUGACCAAGGCACCAGCCUCCAAGCAGCAGAAGACCAAGGCCGCCAAGGUGUCGCAGAAGGCUGCUCCACGUGUCGGAGGAAAGCGAUAAGCCUCCAGUAGUGUGGCUCUCAUCAGAACUGUGCGCGUGUGAAUGUACUUGCUAAAGUCGUAAGAAUUACAAAGGAAGAAGAAUAACAGAAAGGUCGUAAACCA